AUAUCGUGUCUAUGUAUUAUAUAAUAGUGGUUGGUUGAAUCUGUCUCUUCGUUUUCCAACUUUAGCGAACAGUUCGCAAGACUCAUAAGAAUGUCUGUUAGUAGAGUAAUUGCACGAAAAUUCUCCUCGUCGGUUGUCACACAGCAAUUAGUGAAGCCUCCAAUUCAAGUUUUUGGGUUAGAAGGCAGAUAUGCAACAGCUCUCUACUCAGCUGCAUCCAAACAAAAAUCUCUUGAUGCGGUGGAAAAAGAUUUGGUUAAUUUCCAGGGUUUCCUGAAAACUGAUACAAAAUUGGUGGACUUCAUAAAAGAUCCUUCGGUAAAACGGAAGGAUAAAAUAGAAGCCUUUAAAGCUAUUGGCAGUAAAAUUGGUACGAAUCCAGUUACAGCGAACCUAUUGACGUUGCUCGCAGAAAAUGGCAGAUUGGGAAAAAUGAACCAAGUUAUUAAUCUAUACAAAUUAAUUAUGGCUGCUAAUAGAGGAGAGGUUGUUUGCGAAAUAAUUACUGCAAAACCGCUAGAUACAGAUAUGAAGAAUAAACUAGAAUCAGCUCUCAAGGGUUUCUUAAAGAAAGGGCAAACUAUUUUGCUUACUACUAAAGUAGAUCCUUCGAUUAUUGGUGGCAUGCUAGUAUCAAUAGGUGAUAAGUAUGUGGACAUGAGUAUUGCUAGCAAAAUCAAAAAGUAUAGCGAUCUUAUCCAAAGUGCAGUGUAAUUGAUUCAGAUAUUUCUCUCUAGUGAGAUAAAUUAAUGAAACAAACUUCAUCACAUAUAACUGUACUUGAAUGUUAUAUGUAAAUUAUUGAAUAGUGAAUAAAAUAUAUAACUUCAAUCUCAAAA